UUGGCAGUUUUGGAUGAGUUUCGUGAGCAUUGUUGCGAAGUUAUCUGUGCGAAAUGUUUUGAUAAUACUGAACUUAUCAAUCGUUAUCAUCCAUAUUAAUUGUGCAGAUUUAAUAAGUUCGUGCUCCUAUUUCACUAUAUUAUGUUUGCAUCAGUUUUGCAACUGUAAAAACGGAAAUAAUCGAAUAUAGUUUGUUUCAUUCGUACUAUUUGUGCAACACAAGUGAAAUGGCAAAUUUCAUUAAUAUUAAUGAGAUUAACGACAAUAUACAAUGUUACAAUUACAAUGAUCCUUCAUAUGCAUAUGGUGGUGAAACACCACCAAUGUCUGGUUCCGAAGGCUCUAUGUCACCUGUUGGCCUCACAAAUUUUACAACUAUGAAGAUUGAUGAAGAAGCGUUACCUAUCGAUUGUCCGUAUUUGGUAAUAACGGAACAACCUGUUGAGAAGUUCCGAUUCCGAUACAAGUCGGAAAUAGUCGGAACACACGGAUGUCUGAACGGGGUGACGAGUACUCGAAACCGGAAAAACGCUUUUCCGUCAGUCCAGUUGAUGAACUUUGGUGAACCUGCGGUGAUCCGUUGUUCUUUGUACCAAUGCAGAAACGGCGGUCUAGAAAAGGGUCCGCAUGCCCAUCGACUCGUUCAGAAGCUCGACAAGGAGGAAGUUGACGAUCCGCACGACAUCGUGGUCAAUCAAAGUACCGGUUUUAUUGCAUGUUUUAAUAACAUGGGCAUCGUUCAUACCGCAAAGAAGUUCCUGGUGGACGAGCUGAAACGGAAAAAGAUGAAUCUGAAAAGGGAGGAAUUGAUGCGCAGUAGUUCUCCAAGGGAUGUAACGAAAGCUGAAGAGAUGGCGAUUAUAAACGAAUGCAAUCACGAGUCCAGGAAUAUGGAGAUGAACAAGGUGUGUUUACGAUUCGACGCUUUCAUUAGAUGCGAUGAUGUUCUGUUGCCGAUCUGCAGUCCCGUCUACAGUAAUGAAAUCAAAAAUUUAAAAAGCGCAUUAACUGGAGAUCUGAAGAUUGUGCGUAUGGACCAUUGCACAAGUCCUGUUGCUGGCGGCAAGGAAAUUUAUUUACUUGUUGAGAAGGUUGCUAAGAAAAAUAUACGUGUUCGCUUCUACGAGGAAGACGACGAUGUAUGGAAUGCGUAUGCUCGAUUCAAUGAAAACGAUGUCCACCAUCAAUACGCUAUCGUUAUAAAAACGCCGCCGUACAAAAAUUUGGAUAUAGAUGUGGAGAAGAAGGUCUACGUGCAGUUAGAGAGACCCAGUGAUGGGGCCAUCAGUGAUCCUCUGGAAUUCACGUACUAUCCGGACAGACGUACACGUCGAAAACGACCGCGUUGCGAUUAUGACAGCUCUUUGAGCUUCUCCAGCAGCGAAGUUCCUACAAUAAUCAAUCAGGUAGAAAACUUAUCCGGAGACUGGAACAAGUUCAUCGAAAAUGUGAACUCUGGCGAGUUUCGAGCAAUACUCCAUGACAUUGAUAUGACAAAUGUGUUCUUGCAAACUGAUACUCCGUCUGGCAGCAAGUUGAAAAAGCAGGUGCCGAAGGAAGUGGAAGACCUUAAGAGAUUUUUCAGCGAGAUUAAGAGCUUACUGAAGACGAAUCCCGCGCAGUCGAAGGUAAAGGAGAUGAUCGAGCACUACUUCAACGAGUUGAAGGGACCGUCCGGCAAGAAUCUCCUACACAUCGCAUACCAGUACAAAGUAGAAAUACCUGAUAUCAACAAUAAUAUCGAGAAUCUGUUGAAGUGUUUGCAUAUUUUCAAACUAAGCCACUAUUUAAAUGAAACUACCACUAAUGGAGAGACUGUUUUGCAUAUGGCUAUACAAAAUGGCAAUUUGCUCGAUAUUAAACAUUUGAUCGAAUACGGAGCCGAUCCUUGUGCGAGGGAUUGCGACGGAAACACUGCGCUUCUCCUAGCUGUGAAAAAUAAUUACACGAAGUGUCUGAGUCCACUUCUGAAGGCUUCGAAUGUGAAGAGUUUCAUCGAUUCGCAAAAUCACGAAGGUUACACAGCUUUGCAGUUGGCCGUGUUGUCGGACAAUCUGGAGGCCAUCGAGCAGCUGUGCACUGCGGGAGCCAAUGUUCGCGUUAUCGAUAACAAGAACGGUAGGUCGAUCAUGCAAAUCGCCAUAAACGAGCAGUACGCCGAUGUCGUAGAGUUCUUUUUGACGAGGAACGACGUCAAUUACGAUCAUAUGGAUUAUUGCGACAAAACUUGCCAGGAGUUGGCUUUCAUACAGAAGAAGAAUGACGCAGGUCGUUGGAUAUACGAAAUUCUGUCGGCUCAUCUGAAGACAAUCGAUAAAUACAAAUAUUUUGAUCAUGAGAUCAAAGCAGAAAUAGACUCGGAUAAUGACGACUUAGAGAUUGACUAUCCUCAAACGGAAUUGACUCAGGAACAAUUGAAGGAGAUGUAUUGUAGUGUUUUACAAUUUACUGACGUCACUCUAGAUAAACUGUGCGCGAUUUUGAAUCCCACAGGCAAGUGGAAGAAACUGUUGGACAUCUUGGAUCUAAACCACCUCUCAAAUACUGACAUAUUGAAUAACAAUCCAACAAAGGAACUUCUAGAUUUCGCAUUGGUGGCUGGCCGUAGCGUCUAUCAAAUACGAUCAGCUCUCGAUGAUAUGAAUGUUCCUGAAGCGGUUAAAUGUAUCGAUGAUAUGGUCAAGCGAUAACCUUGAUUCUUUCGUUUUAUUUUUGCAUUGUUUUUGUAUAGCAUUUUAUAUCUUACAUACUAUUUUUUG